GCCGGCGUGCGGGCGCGGCCCCGUCUCCCUGCGGCUCUCGGUGGUGCGGCGGCCCGGCCGGCAGGGCCCCCCCCCGCAGCCCCGGGCAUGGGAGCCCGCGGGCCGGCGGCCGGGGCUGGAGGAGGAAGAAGAGGAAGAGGAGGAGGAGGCGGCGGGGGUCGCUGACCGGCGCCGGGGCGGCGCGGCAGCCCCGAGGCCGCGGAUCGGGACUGUGGCUGGAGCCGCCCCCCUGCCCCGCUGAGCGCACAUGUCUGCCUGCCCGUGCCCGGAAGAUGACCAGGCUGCUCUUGGGGGUGACCCUGGAAAGGAUUUGCAAGGCCGUGCUGCUGCUCUGCCUGCUCCACUUCGUCAUCAUCAUGAUCCUCUACUUCGACGUCUACGCGCAGCACCUGGACUUCUUCAGCCGCUUCAACGCCAGGAAUGCCUCGCGCGCCCACCCCUUCUCCAACUCCUCCCGCCCCAACAGCACCGUCCCCAGCUACGGGCCGGCCGGCGCUGAGGCCCCGUCCCCCAGCGCCAAGCCCAGCACCAACCAGUCUGCCACCGAGAAGCCCUUGCAGCCCUGCCAGGAGACACCUCCCGGCUUGGUUGGGCGCCUGCUUAUCGAGUUCAGCUCUCCCAUGAGCAUGGAGCGGGUGCAGCGGGAGAACCCCGACGUGCGCCAGGGUGGCAAGUACACCCCCCCCGACUGCCUGCCCCGGCAGAAGGUGGCCAUCCUCAUCCCCUUCCGGCACCGCGAGCACCACCUCAAGUACUGGCUGCACUACCUGCACCCCAUCCUGCGUCGGCAGAAGGUGGCUUAUGGCAUCUAUAUCAUCAACCAGUUUGGCGAGGACACCUUCAACCGGGCCAAGCUGCUCAACGUGGGGUUCCUGGAGGCGCUCAAGGACGACGAGGAGUAUGACUGCUUCAUCUUCAGUGACGUGGACCUCAUCCCCAUGGACGACCGCAACCUCUAUCGCUGCUACGAGCAGCCGCGGCACUUUGCCGUUGGCAUGGACAAGUUUGGGUUCAGGCUGCCCUACGCCGGCUACUUCGGCGGCGUCUCUGGGCUGAGCAAGUCCCAGUUCCUGAAGAUCAACGGCUUUCCCAACGAGUACUGGGGCUGGGGAGGAGAGGACGAUGACAUCUUUAACCGCAUCUCCCUGAACGGCAUGAAGGUAUCGAGGCCCGACAUCCGCAUCGGGAGGUACCGCAUGAUCAAGCACGAGCGCGACAAACACAACGAGCCCAACCCGCAGAGAUUCACCAAGAUCCAGAACACCAAAAUGACGAUGAAGCGGGAUGGGAUCAGCUCGCUGCAGUACCGGCUGGUGGAGGUCUCGCGCCAGCCCAUGUACACCAACAUCACGGUGGAGAUUGGCAGGCCGCCCCCCCGCCUAGCCCGGGGCUAGUGCUCACGCCGCCGGCAGAGCCGCCGGGAGCCAGCUCUGUGUCCAGGCUGGCUGGGCACAGCGGGUUUUGCCCCAGCUCGAGAGCCAGGACUGGAUGGGGAUGUUUUCUGCCUACUCUGCUGCCUUCCAGAGACGGCUGCCCCCCAGCCCGCCCCUCGGUCCCCAGGAUUUCUCUGUCCCCCCUGUCCCCACGAGUGUGUUUGCAGGACCCCCGCCCCAUACUCGGUGUGUUGGCGGACGAGCCCAGCCGCCCCAUGUGUGGCUCCCAGCACAAAGGGAGGGGGCAGCCCCAGCCCUGGCGGGGAGCCCCCUGCCCGUGCCAGCUCCUGCCUGCACCCUGGGCAGGGAGGGUGAGAUCCUGCUGCUCUGGAAAAGCUGGGGGGGUCCCCACCAGCGCUGCAAGAAGCGGGGUGCAGGCUUCCCCCUUCGCCAGCGCUGGAGCCACUGCUGCCCGGGCCGGGGGUGGGAGCAGCCCAGGCCCCCCCCCGAGCAGGCAGGACGGUGCCACCCCAGCUGGGUGCUGCCUGCACUGCUGGGCACGCAGACGUGGCUCGCUGUCUUCCUCUGCUUUAGUCUGGUGCUUAGAGCCGGGCCCCGUCUCAGCUCUGCUAAACAGAGACCUCGGGUUAGCGAACGCCCCUCGCUGUGCCUCAGUUUCCCCAGGGCUGGGGGGUGGCGGCCAUAUGCCGUCCCCCCCCCCAAAGGCAGUUGCUCUGUGCGUGCGCAGCCCCUGCCUGUGCCUGCCCUCACCUGCCCUCCCCGCUUUGGGGGGGGAUGGGGCUCAUUUGAACCCCCUCAGCCCCUCUUGGCAGAGGCUGGCGUGGAGGGGGCUGCACCACAGCUCCCUCCAGCGGUGGGUGCCCCACAGGCGGCUUGGGGGCCAUUGAGGUCUCCCUCUUCUCUGGCUUUCCCCCUCCAGGCCUGGGGCAGAGGAGCUGCAGGCGGGAGAGGCCGGGGCCGUGCAGGGCGGGUGCCCCGUGCCCCUCCAUGGGACUGGGAGCCCCGACACCCCCCCACACACCCCGCGGGGGGCCGGGAGCAGUGGGGUUGGGAGCGGGGCAGCACGCCAGGGCGGGGGGGCACCGGCGACUUUUGUACAUUUGAAUGUCUGACCCUUUUUUUCAGCGUACGUUGAAUGCAGCGUUCGGUCGUAGAGACCGGGGUUUUUGUAUUUAAUAAAAGUUUCAAAAGUU